GUUGUCAAUUACCGUGUAUUGAGAUGGGUGCAAUUUAACCGCGGCAUGUGUGAUAUUUACAUGUUUCAGGCCCUCUUUAAUCGAGCCUGAUGGACAGCUUUGUGAAGUGCAAUCUAGUGUCCUACCCCUUAGCAUUGGUUUGUCAGGACAUACAGGAGCUGGCCAGGCACUUUGGUGUAGAUAUGGAGCAGUGCAGCAGCCACUGGCACCAGGUACAUGCCAGUCUAGAGGGGACUGAUCAGUCAGCCGACCAGACCAUGACCUGGAUUACUGGCAACCUUUCUACCAGUCAUCCAGCUCUUUACAGAAUUGCUGCUGUGGGUCUCCUCCUCCCAACCUCUACUGCAGAUUUUGAGCGAGGAUUCAGCUGUCUGAAGAGAGUUAAGACUGAAAACAGGAAUUGUCUCUCUGUUAAAGUUCUAAACUAUCUUCUUGCCGUCUCCCUUUAAGGACCCCCAUUAGAAUCUUUCAACUUUGAGAAGGCAGUCAAGGCAUGGAAUGACAACAAACCUAGAAGACAGGCCCACUUUUAAUGAUGUUAAUGAAGAAAAAACAACUGAAAUAUACUCAUUUAAAUGGGACACACACAUACAUAUAAAUGUUGAUCACAUGUUGUGAACUUGUGUUUAUAUAUAAUUGUUUAUUUAUUUGAAUUGUUGGAAAUGGAAAAAGUAAAUAAUAAAAAUUAAGAAAAUGUU